ACAGAUUCUUCUUCUUCUUCUUCUCUCUCCAGUGGAUACUGCGGGGAACACACGGAUUGCCUAUAGGAUGGAUUGCUGAAACUCCCUUCGCGAGAUUACCCAUUUAUUUCCUUUCAUUUCUCUCCCGUCUCACUAUCUCGUCUCCAUCCGUCCAUCCAUGAGUCCAGACGGGUUCUGAUUCGGACAGAAUGCGGAUCCUGGUGUUGAUUCCGCUGCUGUGGGGACUCAGUGAAGGGGCUUUUCCCAGCAGUGUUCAAAUCGGUGGGUUGUUUAUAAGAAACACAGAUCAAGAAUAUACAGCUUUCCGGUUGGCCAUAUUUCUCCACAAUACGAGUCCGAAUGCCACUGAAGCCCCUUUCAAUCUGGUUCCACACGUCGACAACAUCGAGACGGCCAACAGCUUUGCUGUCACCAAUGCCUUUUGUUCGCAGUAUUCACGAGGAGUCUUUGCGAUCUUCGGCCUGUACGAUAAGCGUUCGGUGCACACUCUGACGUCGUUCUGCAGUGCGCUGCACAUCUCUCUGGUGACGCCCAGUUUCCCCGCCGAGGGCGAGACGCAGUUCGUGCUUCAGCUGCGGCCCUCCAUCCGCGGCGCGUUAAUGAGCCUCCUGGACCAUUACGACUGGAGCCGCUUCAUCUUCCUGUACGACACCGACAGAGGAUACGCCAUCCUGCAGGCCAUCAUGGAGAAGGCGGGUCAGAACGGCUGGCAGGUCAGUGCCAUCUGUGUGGAGAACUUCAACGACGCCAGUUACCGAAGACUGCUGGAAGACCUGGACCGGCGGCAGGAGAAGAAGUUCGUCAUUGACCUCGAGGCAGAACGUCUGCAGAACAUUCUGGAACAGAUUGUCAGCGUGGGCAAACAUGUGAAAGGAUACCACUACAUCAUCGCUAACCUGGGAUUUAAGGACAUUUCUCUUGAGAGGUUUAUGCAUGGCGGGGCAAACGUAACUGGUUUCCAGUUGGUGGAUUUCAGCAAACCAAUGGUGAUCAAACUAAUGCAGCGCUGGAACAAACUAGACCAGAGGGAGUAUCCAGGAUCCGAGAGCCCACCCAGGUACACAUCAUCAUUGACGUACGAUGGUGUGCUAGUGAUGGCGGAGGCAUUUCGGAAUCUCCGCAGACAGAAGAUCGACAUCUCUCGCAGAGGCAACGCUGGAGACUGUCUGGCCAACCCGGCUGCUCCUUGGAAUCAGGGCAUCGACAUGGAACGAACUCUGAAACAGGUGAGAAUCCAGGGUCUCACUGGGAAUAUCCAGUUUGAUCAUUAUGGACGCAGAGUCAACUACACCAUGGACGUCUUUGAGCUAAAGAGUAACGGCCCCCGCAAGAUCGGUUACUGGAAUGACCUGGAUAAAUUGGUUCUGGUCCAGAAUGAGCUCUCCAUGGGAAAUGACUCCGCUAUGGAGAACAGAACGGUUAUCGUCACGACUAUAAUGGAAGGACCGUACGUGAUGCUGAAAAAGAACUGGGAGAUGUAUGAAGGAAAUGACCAGUAUGAAGGAUACUGCGUGGAUCUGGCGUCUGAGAUCGCCAAGCACAUCGGCAUCAGGUACAAGAUCUCCAUCGUUCCUGACGGGAAAUACGGAGCCAGAGAUCCAGAGACGAAGAUCUGGAACGGCAUGGUUGGGGAGCUGGUGUACGGGAAAGCGGAAAUCGCUGUGGCCCCUUUAACCAUCACUCUGGUCCGGGAGGAGGUGAUCGAUUUCUCCAAGCCCUUCAUGAGUCUGGGCAUCUCCAUCAUGAUCAAGAAGCCUCAGAAGUCCAAACCGGGCGUCUUCUCCUUCCUGGACCCGCUGGCCUACGAGAUCUGGAUGUGCAUCGUGUUCGCCUAUAUCGGCGUGAGCGUGGUGCUCUUCCUGGUCAGCCGCUUCAGCCCGUACGAGUGGCACACCGAGGAGCCCGAGGAAGGCUCUGACGGUCCGCCCAGCGACCAGCCCCCCAACGAAAGUCCAAACCGGGCCCCGUACGAGUGGCACACCGAGGAGCCCGAGGAAGGCUCUGACGGUCCGCCCAGCGACCAGCCCCCCAACGAGUUCGGCAUCUUCAACAGUCUCUGGUUCUCCCUGGGCGCCUUCAUGCAGCAGGGCUGCGACUUCACACCCAGGUCUCUGUCUGGUCGUAUAGUCGGAGGCGUUUGGUGGUUCUUCACUCUCAUCAUUAUUUCCUCCUACACGGCAAACCUGGCCGCUUUCCUCACCGUGGAGAGAAUGGUGUCGCCUAUCGAGAGCGCAGAAGACCUUGCCAAACAGACAGAAAUCGCCUACGGGACUCUUGAUUCCGGUUCCACCAAAGAGUUCUUCAGGAGGUCAAAGAUUGCGGUGUACGAGAAAAUGUGGAGUUACAUGAAGUCGGCCGAGCCCACGGUCUUCACCAAGACGACGGCUGAGGGCGUGGCUCGCGUGCGCAAGUCCAAAGGGAAAUACGCCUUCCUGCUGGAGUCCACCAUGAACGAGUACACGGAGCAGCGCAAGCCCUGCGACACCAUGAAGGUCGGAGGGAAUCUGGACUCCAAGGGCUACGGGGUGGCCACGCCCAAAGGAUCGCAGCUAAGAAAUGCUGUAAACCUGGCCGUGUUAAAGCUGAAUGAGCAGGGGCUGUUGGACAAAUUGAAAAAUAAAUGGUGGUACGACAAGGGCGAAUGUGGCAGCGGGGGCGGGGACUCGAAGGACAAGAGCUCGCAGGCGCUGAGCCUGAGCAACGUGGCGGGAGUUUUCUACAUCCUGGUGGGCGGCCUGGGUCUGGCCAUGAUGGUGGCCCUGGUCGAGUUUUGCUAUAAGUCCCGCACCGAGGCCAAGAAACUGAAGCUCACCUUCUCGGAAGCCAUGAGAAACAAGGCCCGCUUGUCUAUCACAGGCAGCCUGGGGGGAAAUGGGCGUGUCCUGACGCCAGACUGCCCUAAGGCCGUGCACUAUGGCCCCUCCUUCCGACAUGGCCCCGCCCUCGCCGUGGUGUCCUCCGACCUCCCAUAGAAACCAAAAACUCACCUUGUGCCUUAAACCAUCUUACCCCUCAAUCGAAGUUCAGAUUUCACGCAACCCAUGGCAGAAGCACGCCGUCGCCGGCUCGAACGCGACUAACCUGAUAACGCACUCUUUCAGCCCUCGGAAAAGACGUCAACAAUUGUAAACGAGCCAGGACGGCAUGGAUACGAACGCUUGGCGAGCAUCAAGGAUCCAUGAUGCCUUAUCCUAACUUUGGGGACGAACAUCAUCGCAUACGAGAUGAAAAAUCACGACCAGUAAACUGUAAAUGUAGAGACAUUAGCCGCACUUCCCUGAUUAGCCGUACGACAUCAGCGAACCUGUAUUAAAUCACGUAGUAUUUACGACAUGGUCCACAAUCACUAGCUACUAAACCGUAUGUAGAUAUUCUCUCAGGAGCCACGAAGGGGGACGACGGAAACACCUUUUAUCAUCUCGACAGGAUUUCUUCAAGAUGCCACCGGGAGCCGCUUGCUUUUUGGACUGAAAUGUAAAUAGACCAGUAGUAAGAGCUGAACACGAUUCUUUUAUAAAGCAUCUUAGAUAAUAAAUCAUUGCAAUAAUGACUAUAGGGAGACCUGACUUGUAAUUAAGAGAUCUUUUAUAUACACACAGUAUUAUAUAUAUACAGAAUAUAAUAGAGGGACAUCUGAACUAAAACAUGUGAGACCAUGGCAUCUGUUCUGUUAACAGUUGUUUUGAUAACCGAUGUAGCGCAGUGUGUACGUGUCUUUGUCCUUAAUGAAUGUCCACGCAUUUCACAUUUCGCACAAACACACGAGCGUAGGAUGUGAACGUCGCACCGCAUCGCAUUGCACACAGUGACCGGGGGUCGCACCGACUCCCGAUUCUCACCUUUGGUGUUUGGUUUUGCGUUAUUUUGUUUUUCUCUUUGUACCCACCGAUUCAAAUAAAACUGGAACAUUUAUACAA